UGUUAGUUAAAGUAAUAAAAAAAAAAAAAAAUACCAAUCAUUAUCAUGAUCAUAGAUUGUUAAAAAAAGAUAGUAGUAACUUUGUUGCCCCCCUACUUUUUACCACCGUGUUCUUUAUUGAUGUUCAUGUGUCCAUAACGUGAUCGCACUCCGAGUGCGACUAGUAAUAUAAACAAACGAGACAACGUUGAUAUCGGGCGAUAUCAUCCUUAUUGCAACAUCACCGCUAUCAUCAUCAAAUAAUAGUAUAAUAUAUUACUCCAGGAAUGGCUCCAGCACCUAGUAAAUUUUUAACUAAACAAAAUGUCGCUGGUGCAUUAGCAAUCAGUACAUUGAUUUGGUUACUUAAACGCAAAAGAAAUAAACGUUCAAUAAAAUCAAGAGCUUUGUGGCCAACGAACGAUGUACAUUAUGUCAUCAAAGAGGAAAAGCCUAAAGGCCCACCUAAAGCCCAUGUCAAUGCUGUUUUUUUCAAACAACUCCGUGUAUUGCUAUCCAUUGGUAUCCCCGGAUUAUUUACACCUGAAACCGGCUUUAUUUUAUUGGUCGCUGGAUCACUCGUAGCAAGAUCACUAUGUGAUCUAUGGAUGAUUCGUAUUAGUACUCUUAUUGAGGGGACGAUUGUUAAUAUGGAUGGUCCAAUGUUCAAGAAACGGCUUUUGACAUUUUUAGCUGCUUUGCCUAUGAUAUCGAUUGUGAAUAAUCUUUUAAAAUAUGGAAUUGGUGAAAUGAAAUUAAGGUUGAGAACUAACAUAACAAGGCAUUUGCUAGAUCAAUACCUCAAAGGUUUCACCUACUACAAAAUGACUAAUUUAGAUACUCGUAUUGCCAAUCCUGAUCAAUUACUCACAACUGAUAUUGACAAAUUUUGUGAUAGUUGUACAGAUUUGUACAGCAAUAUUGCCAAGCCAAUAUUAGAUAUUUCGAUUUAUGUAUACAGAUUAACAUCAUCUUUAGGUGGAAAGACUCCUCUAUUGAUGUUAGGAUAUUUGCUAGUAGCUGGUAGUUUUCUUACACACUUACGGAAACCAAUAGCCUCAAUGACAGUAAAAGAACAACGUUUAGAGGGAGAAUUUCGGCAUAUAAAUUCACGCCUCAUUACGAAUUCUGAAGAAAUAGCAUUCUAUCGUGGAAAUAAUCGAGAAAAAUUAACUUUGUUUGCCAGUUUCCAAAAACUUAUCCAACAUCUUCGAUCACUUUUGGAGUUCAAAGUUGGUAUGGGUGUUGUCGAUAAUUUCGUUGGAAAAUACGUGGCAACAGUUGUUGGUUUUUAUGCAGUGAGUAUUCCAUUCUUUCAAAAAAAUCACCCAGUGCUUGCCGGCUCACCGGAUCAUCGAUUUAAAAAUUACUAUGAGAAUGGCAGAAUGCUGAUAAAGAUGGCAGAAGCCAUUGGUAGAUUAGUUCUCGCUGGUCGAGAAAUGACACGAUUAGCUGGUUUUACAGCUCGUGUAACUGAAAUCCGUCAAGUUCUUGAUGAUUUAAAUAAAGGAAAAUACACAAGGACUAUGAUCGCAGAUGCUGAAAAUUCGUCAAUCGGUGAAGCGGGAUCAGGAAAAAUAAUUCACAAGGAUAAUGUCAUUUGCUUUGAUCAUGUACCGUUAGUUACACCCAACGGUGAUGUACUAAUUAAUGAUCUUACAUUUGAAGUUAAAUCGGGAAUGAAUGUGCUAGUUUGUGGACCAAACGGUUGUGGUAAAAGUUCAUUGUUCCGUGUGCUUGGCGAGUUAUGGCCUGUAUGGGGAGGAACGGUUACUAAGCCACCGAGUACUAAGCUCUUUUACAUUCCGCAACGUCCUUAUAUGACUCUAGGUACUUUAAGAGACCAAGUUAUCUACCCACAUACUCAGGCGGAAAUGCAAAGACGUAAUCAUGCCAAUGAUGACGAUCUUCAAAAGUUUUUAGAUUUAGUACAACUCGGUCAUUUGUUAGAACGAGAAGGUGGAUGGAAUACAGUCGCUGAUUGGAUGGAUGUAUUGUCUGGAGGAGAAAAACAACGAAUAGCUAUGGCCAGGUUAUUUUAUCACAAGCCACAAUUCGCAAUCUUAGAUGAAUGUACGAGUGCAGUAAGCGUAGAUGUUGAAGAUUCGAUGUACUCUUAUUGUCGACAAGCAAACAUUUCAUUGUUCACUGUGUCUCAUAGACGUUCGCUGUGGAAACAUCAUGAGUAUUACUUGUUAAUGGAUGGUCGAGGAUCUUAUGAAUUUAAACCAAUUGAGCCUAAUACAGAAGAAUUUGGUUCAUGAAUUUUAGUUAACAAUAUUUGAAAUUCUCAAGUAAGGUAAUUUGUAUUGAGAAAUUACAUUCUUAUAAAAUUUUAA